AAAUCAGCUCCGUGUUUGACGUCCACAGAAAAAGUUUGCGUUAUCUUACACAAGUUACAAUGCUAGUUUCGGUGAUUAAAAGUAUCCCAUAUAAUUUCCGACGAGUCACAACAUGUGUUAUUUCUAGGAAUAAAACAAAGAUUAAAGUCGCACAAUAUUACGACGAGUCGAAUCUAUUAUCUACUUCGUUUCCACAUCUUGCUGCCUGUAGAAUUUAUAGUACUGAACGUGAUUCUCAACCGCGGGUCACCUUACCUAUGCUCGUAGAAGAUGCUCGUGUACAGUUACCAUCUGUUUUUGCUCCAUUGAAACUUCUUUAUUUGUCAACCUUUAAAAUUUUUCCACACAUAGAUAAAGAGUUUGAUGCACACGAGGUUGUCGAAGGAGCCAAAUAUGCGUCAAUAGUAAUAUCUAAGGCACUAUCAAAUAAGGACUUUGAAUCAUUACAAGGCCUUGUGACAGACGAUAUGAUUGAAAUCUUAAGUAGAAAGAUUGAAACCUUCAGUCCUAAUGAAAGACAACUGAUUGAAUUGAACAACGACAACAUUAUAUUUUAUGUUUUAUCUGAUAUUACAGCUACUACAAGUUCAACUAGUAGUGAGCAUUCCAUUGAAAUUGCAACAAUGUGUCACUAUAUGCCAAGCAAUAUUGACAAAAGAUCUAAAACACUUGGACCAGUAUAUAUGGAAUAUGCUCUAGCAGCUAACCAACUAAUAUGUAAUUAUAAGUUUAUUCGUAAAUAUGUAAAUAAUAUUGGAGGUCCUUGGAUUGCAACUUUUGUGAAUCAUUAUACUGUCUAAUAUAUAAACAUAUAAGUAUUUCUGUUUAUGUAAGUAUAUAAAUAUAUUUGUAAUAUAGCUUCAAAUAAAAGCCUGUACUGAUCCCUUCA